AGCCGCCCCUCCAGGCGGAGUCCGCGCCAGUCCUGACACCGGAGGAGGGUCCGAGGGCGGAGACUGCCCGGGAGGGAGAAGACCCUUGACCGGCCGUGCAGAAGCCUCCGAGGGAGGGUGGUGUCCACUCCCGGAUUCAGAGUCCCGAUGCCCAGCGCCAGCGCCAGCCGCAAGAGUCAGGAGAAGCCGCGGGAGAUCAUGGAUGCGGCGGAAGAUUAUGCUAAGGAGAGAUAUGGAAUAUCUUCAAUGAUACAAUCACAAGAAAAACCAGAUCGAGUUUUGGCUUUGGUUAAAGACUUGACAGUACAAAAAGCUGAUGAAGUUGUUUGGGUGCGUGCAAGAGUUCAUACAAGCAGAGCUAAAGGGAAGCAGUGUUUCUUAGUCCUACGUCAGCAGCAGUUUAAUGUCCAGGCUCUUGUUGCAGUGGGAGACCAUGCAAGCAAGCAGAUGGUUAAGUUUGCUGCCAACAUCAACAAAGAAAGCAUCGUAGAUGUAGAAGGCGUAGUGAGAAAAGUGAAUCAGAAAAUUGGAAGCUGUACUCAGCAAGAUGUUGAAUUACAUGUUCAAAAGAUUUAUGUCAUUAGUUUGGCUGAACCCCGCCUGCCCUUACAGCUGGAUGAUGCGAUUCGGCCUGAGGUAGAAGGAGAAGAGGAAGGAAGAGCUACAGUUAACCAAGAUACAAGAUUAGACAACAGAGUCAUUGAUCUUAGGACAUCAACUAGUCAGGCAAUCUUCCGUCUCCAGUCUGGCAUCUGCCAUCUCUUCCGAGAAACUUUAAUUAACAAAGGUUUUGUGGAAAUCCAAACUCCUAAAAUUAUUUCAGCUGCCAGUGAAGGAGGCGCCAAUGUAUUUACUGUGUCAUAUUUUAAGAAUAACGCAUACCUAGCUCAGUCCCCACAACUGUAUAAGCAAAUGUGCAUUUGUGCCGACUUUGACAAGGUUUUCUGUAUUGGACCAGUAUUCAGAGCCGAAGACUCCAAUACCCAUAGACAUCUAACUGAAUUUGUUGGUUUGGACAUUGAAAUGGCUUUUAAUUAUCAUUACCAUGAAGUUUUGGAAGAAAUUGCUGACACCUUGGUACAAAUAUUCAAAGGACUUCAAGAAAGGUUUCAGACCGAAAUUCAAACAGUGAAUAAACAAUUUCCAUGUGAGCCAUUCAAGUUUUUGGAGCCAACUUUAAGACUCGAAUAUUGUGAAGCAUUGGCCAUGCUUAGAGAAGCUGGAGUUGAAAUGGGAGAUGAAGAAGAUCUGAGUACACCAAAUGAGAAGCUGUUGGGUCGUUUGGUAAAGGAAAAGUAUGAUACAGAUUUUUAUAUUCUUGAUAAAUAUCCGCUGGCUGUAAGACCUUUCUAUACUAUGCCUGACCCAAGAAAUCCUAAACAGUCUAACUCUUAUGAUAUGUUCAUGAGAGGAGAAGAAAUAUUGUCAGGAGCUCAAAGAAUCCAUGAUCCGCAGUUGCUGACAGAAAGAGCCUUACAUCAUGGCAUUGAUUUGGAGAAAAUUAAGGCUUAUAUUGAUUCCUUCCGCUUUGGAGCCCCUCCUCAUGCUGGUGGAGGCAUUGGGUUGGAACGAGUGACUAUGCUGUUCCUGGGGUUGCAUAACGUGCGUCAGACCUCCAUGUUCCCUCGGGACCCCAAGCGACUUACGCCUUAAAGCUGCGCUGUGUACUUCCAGCAAGCUACUGACCAGGCUGUUCUCCUUAGGUACUGAAGAUGCACAACAGAGUAAAUACCUUAUCUAAAGUGCCACUAUUAUUUUUGAAUUUAGUCAGUGUAGGUCAACUUACAACAGAUUUUUAUAACUUCAAGGAUGCUUCGGUAGGAAAUACUUGACCAUUUUAAUGAGACGUUCAUAUGGUUAUGUUAAAAAUUUAUAUUACAUUACUACACUAAAUGUUAACAGGAGUUUUAAAGUUAAGAUUAUGCAAUUUUUUUCUACAUUAUGGUUUCCUCAGUAUUGACAUCUUAUAUUUUCAAUAUUCAAACUGACUUUUUAAACUUUUAGCAUUGAGAUAAGAACAGUUGGAGAAGUAUCCAAGAUUUUAACAAAUUUAUAAUUGGCAACUCAUGGAAAUUAGAGAGUAUCAGUUCUUAAAACUUACACCCAGGAAUCAUGUAAAGCGAAUGAAAGUACUGACUAGAAAAUAUUCAAAAUAAUAUUGUAUUAAAUUGUUAAAUUCUGAUCCUGAAUUUCAAUAAAAUUUUAAAACUAA